UUCACUUUGCGUUGGCAACAUAAAUGAUUCAGCGGUUUACACCAUCCGAAACGUCAUCGUCUCAUUUAGAUAUGACAAACAUACUUAAGUUUCCGGUUCACGUGCCACUGUAGACAACUGUAGAUCGGCGCCGAAGUAAGCGAAGAACGACAGACGAGGAGAAAACACUUACAUUGAAUUUCGUAUGUCUAACGCUGGAAAUCUGAAGGAUCGUAAAUAAAGUGACAAAAUGGCUGAUGCGCAGGGAAGAGAAACAAAUGCUGGUGGUUAUCAGUGUCAUCUGAAGGCUUGUAAACUGGGAGGAACGGUAAACCCUUCGGAUGCCAGAGCAGAGGUCAGGGGUUACACUGUCAGUGCAACGCAAGAGUUCUUAGCAAAAUGGGAAGCCGAUGGAGGGGCUGUGUUUCACAUGGAGUGCUGGCAGAUAUUGAGCGAUCUAGCCAACAGGUCAAAGGUCACCAACCUGUGUAGUAAGGAGAAGUCACUUGUGCUAGAGGCUGAGGAUACAGCCGAGUUACAUCAGUCCAUGGACUCUCUGACGGCAGACGCUACCAGGAUAGCUCGCAUGAUCAAAGAGUGCAAAUAUCCCAUCGCAUUCACAGGGGCCGGGAUUUCAACAUCAGCUGGAAUUGGAGAUUUUCGAGGGAUCCAUGGAAAGUGGACCAACCGGGAUAAAGAAAAGGACCAUGGGAGCCAAAAGGAAGGAAAAGCAAAGGCCAAGCGAAAUGUGAUGUCACUCCGCCCUACUUACACUCAUGAGGCCCUGCUCAAGCUCAUCGAGAUGGGUUACCUGCAGUAUAUUAUAAGUCAGAACACGGAUGGACUUCAUCGACUUUCUGGCAUUCCUGAGGACAAAAUUUCGGAACUCCAUGGAAAUGGUUUCGUAGAGAAAUGUGAAAAAUGCAACAAGCGCUAUGUUAUGAAUCACAAUCAUAGACUAGGACCGAAGGACCCGAAAGUGCCAGUGAAAAAAUGUGAACACUGCCGAAUUAAUCACAGGACCGGCAGAAUAUGUCCCGAUCCAAAAUGUAAAGGCUAUUUGAUGAACACCAUCAUCAACUUUGGUGAUAACCUGGAGGAACAUGUACUUAGUAGUGCGAUACACAACGCUGAGAAAGCUGACAUGGUACUGACUCUCGGCUCAACUCUCAAGGUCUCUCCGGCCAAUAGCCUCGUCACUAUGGGGCAGACGCCGGUCAAACUGGUCAUCUGCAACAGACAAAUCACACCUUACGAUGACGUGUGUGAGAAAAAGGACCCUUCUACCAAAGCACAGCUAGGCUGUCGUGUGUUCGGCGACUGUGACGACUUGAUGAGAGUGGUCAUGCGACAGUUGAUGGACGCCGGCCAGCUGGAGGAGUGGGAACGGGGUCGAGAGGAGAGGUGCCAGUCGUAUGAUGGCCGGCGACAGAACUAGACCCAAACAUAUGGACUCUGAUCCAAACUGACCCUCAUAGAUGGAUGUUUAUUACCGUAUUCAUCACAAUUAGCACCGUUCCCCCUUUUUCAGGAGGAAUUGAAAUUAAGCCGACCCCCUAUAUCAUUCUCAGUCCUGACUGGGCCUGGUCAACAUCAGCAGUGACAUUUGCUUUUAGGUGAAAUUGAACAAGGCAUCAUGUAAAAAAAGUUUGUAUGCACACACAAUUGACAAAUGUUUCCAAGCAAGAAUGAAAAAUAUUUGCACAUACAAAUGUUUUCACACACAAAAGUACAAAAGGAUUAACACAGUUAUUAUGAAAAGGGCACUUUUCUUAAAACCACUAAAGUAGACAGGAAAGUAUACAUUCAAUAACAUACCUGUUCAUGUGGUAGAAUAGAUAUAAUCAAUAUAUGUUUGUAUAUUAUAGUUCAGAUAUAUAACUUUGGAUUAAAAAAUGUUUCAAAAUAAUUAAUCCAGGCUGAAGCUGUCAUUAAUUGGUAAUUUGUAUACCAAGAUUUGGCCCUUAUAAUCCAUAUUCUUCCUGCCUUAUUGUUUCAUUACAUACCUGUGGUGAGGUUUGAUAUAGUGUGAUACAGCUAGUUUUCAGGCCAUGUUACACAAUUGCAAGGACCUGUCUUUUACACUGUGAUAAUACAUGACGUUGUAUUUUGCCAGUAGCUAGAGAUCCUUUUUGACUGGAACUCUGUAACUGUUAUCAAAACGUUACGUCUUUCGUCCACUGUUGCUGUUCAGUUGAAGUUUUCGGACAGCAAUUUGAAUUUUUUAUGCAGGUAAUAAUGUGUAAUGAUUUGCAAUAAAAUGUAAUAUGUGUAAAGUACUAGCCACUUGCUGCAGACUCAGCUAGGGAGAAUCUAUCUCUUUAGCUUCUUCCGUAGACGACAAGAAUAGUAAACUAGAGGACCGGGGUUCGACUACUAGCAUUGAAAACAAAUAACGACCUCCGUAACACAUGCAUAUAAAGAAAAAUUAUGAAUAUGUAAUUACCAUACACAUAUGACAUUUAUCAGUUAUGAACUUAUAAUAAGGUGAAUAUGAGGUUAUAUGAACCUGAGAAAGUGGUAUUGACCGAGACAAAAGUCAAAGGUGAUUAUCACAUUCUCAGGUCAAUAUAACUACAUAUUCACUGUAAUAAAAGUCAUUAUUUGAUAUAUUAGAUGGUGAAUAAUGUUUUAAUCAUUAAUUAAACAAGAUGAAACAUGAAAAUUGUCAGGAUGAAAGUAUUAGGUUUGGCAGGGAGCAGUGUGACAUCAUAGUUAAACUGACGUCAAAAAGUCAGUCAUUAACACAAAUCAACGACCUCCACGUGAUUAUCAUCCUACCAAGGAGGAUGUAGGAAUAAUGUGUGUCAUCUCAUAUUAUCUGACGUCACAGAAAGCACCUGUUUAUUGUGUGAAUGUAUGCGUCCACUUGUGCCCUAGGUGCAUUCGUCCGAUGUAUUCCUUUAUCACAAUAACUUGUUCUGUCCGUGACGUAAUAUUUAGGGAGAUGCGGUACAGUUUAUUAAUUGUAUGAUGAGGCUGUUAUUUUGUAAAAUAUCACCGUUACACGUAUUCACUUAUUUAUUACACUCUUAAUAUAAAAUAUGUAAUAGCUGAAUAACAUUUGUCAUGAUGUCAUAGGUAAAAAGCAGUAACGUCAUCAAUUGCAGAUGGAAGACAAAAAUACUUUCCUUUUAAAGUUUUUCUGCUUUAUUUUUUUUAUUUUUUUUUUAAAAAGAAGAAAAUUAUUUGAUAAACAGAACCUUUUUUUGUAAUUCCAACUGGUUUUUAUGAACCCUUUUCAAGCUCGUUUCAUAAAAAUCCUUCAUUGUAUCUUAUGUGCGCUGCUUGAGUUCCAAAGUAUAUCAAUAUACAAUUAUUAGGAUACUGUAAAAGGGAACAUUUUCGCGGUAUGCAAAUCUUCGUCUUUCCCGCAUUUAGUAAAGUAGCACUAAAAUAUCCGAACGUGAAUAUUUUGUUAUAUGUAUAUAUAUAAAUUAUAUCGAUUAUAGAAUGUAUAGAUUUCAGAACCCUUGCCAAAUCAAAAAUGUCCACACCGCGAUCAGUUUAUAGCGUCACAAUGUGAACAUUUCACACCGCAAUCAGUUUAAAGCGUCACAAUGUGAACAUUUCACAUCGCGAUCAGUUUAUAGCGUCACAAUACGAACAUUUCACACCGCGGUCAGUUUAUAGCGUCACAGUAUGAAC